UGGCCUACUCACAAUGCGGAAAGAGAGUUCCUGGUUCUGCCAGCUAUUAUUGGUACUUGGCCUUCAAUUGGCUCUGGGUGAGCUUGUAGAUAUUUGCUCACAGGAAGCGGACGGUUCGCGUUUACCUUUGUCCAGCCAUUGUGGACGAUUUGUUGUAUGCCAAGACCGGGAGGUGGCCUCCAUUGGCAGUUGUCCUCGCGGCCUGCAUUUCAAUCGUGUGCUCGGUGAAUGUGAUUUUCAAUGGCGUGCCAAUUGUUUAGGCCUGUCGGCCUUUGCUACUACCGAUGAUAAAUGCACCUGCAGUUGUUGUGUCGAUGAAUGCAAUGAUUUGGAUUUGGAUGUGGAUGACGAUGACAAUGACAAUGACAAUGGCAAUGACAAAGACGAUGUAGAAACAACAACACCCUGUGCUCCCGACGAUAAGGACGAUACAACUGUGCCAAUUGCAACCGAUGAUCCCGAGAUAACAACUACACCUAGAACUACAACUACUGAUAAUUCGAUCAGCUCAAGUACUACUCCAGCUGGUAAGGUUCCAGCGUAUUGCUCAGAUAGUCGUGCAGAUUGUGCCAACAAGACAGAUGGCGACAUGUUGCCCAUUGAUGGGGAAUGUGGCAAGUUUAUCCAAUGCGCCCACGGCUGUGUCCAGGAGUUCUCCUGUCCCGGUAGCCUGUUCUUCGAUCCCACAUAUAAUUUAUGCAAUCAUGCCUAUAUGGUUGACUGUACCCCGCUCGAGGCCAGUGGCGAUGAAGCCGAUGAUGAUGUCAUAGUCGGACCUUCGGGCACCACAUGCAGCAAUCAGAGCGUUUGCGCCAAACAGCCUGAUGGCAAAAUGUUUGCCAAUCCGGAUACAAAUGGCUAUUUGGUAUGCCAGUGUCAGUGCCCCAUCGCCAUGCCGUGCGACGAGUACACCAAAUUCAAUGAAACAGCCCAAGUAUGCGAUUGGGAUUGGGAUAGUGUGAGUGAUGUGAAUGCCACCAGUGAUAUCAUUUGUCCCGGUGAUUUGGUAUACAAUGCCACAUCAGAUGAAUGCGAUUAUCCCGAUGGCUAUGUGCCAGUCGUCGUAUGCAAUAGCACAAGCACCGUAUGCCAGAAUCAAGAGGAGGGAACACUCUUUCCCGUAAAUGGUACAUGCAAUAAGUUCUACAAGUGCAAUUUUAAUUGCGCUGUCGAGCAGGAUUGCCCCAAUAAUCUGAUAUAUGAUUCCGAAUCGCAAAUAUGCGAUUAUCCACAGAAUGUGGAUUGCGAAUGGGAUUAUGUGCCACCGUCGGGAGAAACUGCCGGACCAUCGGGCAUUGCCUGUGAGAGUAACGGUCGCUGUUUGGGAAAACGCGAAGGAACCUACUUGCCGUCAGUUACCAGUUGCAAUAAAUAUGUAGUCUGCCAAUGUGAAUGCGAGGUGGAAAUGCCCUGUGACGAUAAUCUCUACUGGGAUCAAGACCUCAUGACCUGCAACUAUCCGGAGAAAGUGGUGUGCACACUCUGA